AUGAACAGUAGUACUACUAGACAUAAGAGCAAAAGUAAAGGUACUAGUAGCAGUAGUAGAUCUACUAGUUAUAGUAAGCCCAAAUCUACUUCUGCGUCUUCAAGAUCAUCUUCAAAUUCAAGAGAUAUUAAAGGUAAUACAUUAACUGCUGCCAAUCCAAAUGAUAUUAGCAAUGUUACUUCAACACUUGAUGAUGAGGUUUUGGCUACAGCUAUGGAUCCCAAUUAUGUAGUUUCUGUUAAUAAUUAUAAUGAUACCAAGAUUAACAAAAUCAUGUACGAAAUCAAUAAAACCAUUGAUCCUAAUUGCCAAAUUAUUGUUAGACAUGGAACUGAUAAAGAAAAGAAACACGUUUUAUUAUUAAUCAGAUCCGAGUUACCUGAUUUUAUUUAUAAAUUGAAAGCCAACCAAAAUUUACCCAAAUUGCUAUUGCUUUCUCCUAAUGAUAGCAAAAUUUGUACCGCUAUCUAUAACAAAACUGAAUUGAAAGAUAACCAGAUGUUUUAUUCUACAAUUUCCAAAAAACUCUUUUUAGAUACCAAUUCCUUGAAAAAAUUGGCUGAUUUGACUUGUCCAGAAAAUGCCUUAUACUUUGCAUUUGUGCAAACUUACAUUUAUUUUUUAACCCCGUUAGCCGUUCUAGGGUUAAUCAUGAAAUUAUGGUACUCAAGUACCGGUAAUUCUCAAGGAUUUGAGUUUAAUUAUUUCUACGCUGCUGUUUUGUCUUUAUGGUCUAUUUUAUUUAUUAAUAUAUGGAAAUACAAUUUGGCGAUUAACCGUUUUAAAUUUGUUAAAUCUUUAAGAAAUCCAACGUUAAAUGUUUUGAACAUUAUGCCUGGUAGUGGUGAAUCCGUUUUAAUGAAAAACCUUUUGUUUAUUCCUAUUAUAUUGCUUUUUGCCAUUGUUUUAAUUAGCUUUCAAAUUUUUUGUUUUGUUGUUGAAAUUUUUUUGAACCAAAUUUACAAUGGAGGUGGAAAACUCUUUUUGUCAUUUGUUCCAACAAUCUUGUUUUGUUUGUUUAAUCCAGUGUUUACUAUGAUUUACAACAAAUUUUUCGUAGACCCUUUUGUUAAAUGGGAAAAUGGUUCUAAUCCAAUUAAAUCCAAAGUAAUUAAAAAUUUUGUGUUGGUAUCUAUUUCCAAUUACGUUCCAUUAUUAAUUACAUUAUUUCUAUACCUACCAAAUGGGUAUUUGCUGAAUGACAAUUUGAACACUAUCCGAAUCUUGUUUGAUCAAUAUCAAGUUCCAGUAAUUCAAAAUGAGUUUAAAGUUGAUGUCAACCGUUUUAGAAACCAGUAUUUUUAUUUUAUUUUUGUCGCCCAGGUCCUUGCUAUAUUUAUGGAAAAUAUUUUGCCUGCUUUGUUGCACGCCUUGUUUGUUGCUUCAAAUAAGCGGAAAUUAUUAUCUAUUGGUAAGCUAGAUAAGAGACCGGAGGCUAAAUUUUUGUACUCUAUCAGAACCGAUGUACUUAAUAAUGCAUGGGGCGAAUUCAAUGUAGAUGAUGAUUAUAAAAAAUUUGUGUUACAAUUUGGGUUUAUUACAAUGUUCUCUGUCAUCUCUCCAUUAGCUCCAUUAUAUGCCAUUUUUAUCAAUCUGGUAAUGUAUAAAUGCGAUUUAUGGAGAUUAUUUAAUAAAUGUUCUAAAACCGUUUCCUUGCCGGCAGAUUAUUACACUAAAGGUUUACCUGCCAAUGCAAAUUUAAACGCCUAUCCUCCUAAUACACCACAAAAUAAUGUUGGCACACCUGUUGCUGCUAAUACUAACUCAAAUGCUAUUAAUAUGGGCAAUACGCCCAAUAACAGUGACAACCCAAUUGCUAAUUUGUUGGAAAGCAUUAAUUAUACGACUAUUUCUCCAUGGGAUACAAUUUUAAAUAUUAUUUCCUCAUUUUCCUUUUUGAUUUCACCAAGUAUAAUUGUUAUGUACAAAUAUACCUAUUUGCCAAGCGUUGGUUAUUCUACUGUCUUGUUUAAACGUGAUUUGUGGUUUGCUCAAUCUCCAUUGGUUUAUGACUGGAAGACUAUUUUCAUUGUUGCUGUUUUAGUGGAACAUACUGAGCUAUUACUGAAUUUUGUUAUCAGUAAAAUUGUUGCAUUUAGUAAUAAAUCUAGCAGUUUUAUUAAUUCAUUUUUAACAGGUUAUUCUCCAGAAUAUGAUGAAUUGAAAGCGGCUAAUGAUAAGCAGAUUUUACGUAGGAUUACUGAGUACCCAGAUUUUAAUAACUUUGAUGAUUUCCAAUAUUUCAGCAAUCGUAUGAGUUAUAGGAACAACAUUAUCAGUAAUGUGUUACAUAAUGAAAAACAAGCGCAAUUUCAAAGGGAACACGUUUUGGAACAACAAUUGCAACAACAACAACAGUUGGAAGAGCAAUUACAACAACAACAAGCUCAGUUUCAAAAUCUUCAACAACAAAUGCAACAACAACAAUUGGCUAGUCAGCAACAACAACAAUUCAUCGAGCAACAAGCACAACAACAACUACAACAACAGCAACAACUUUCUUUACAACAGUCACUGCAAAAGGAUCAACAGUUACAACAAAAAGAUCAACAACUACAACAAAAAGAUCAACAGCUACAACAAAAAGAACAACAAUUGCAGCAAAAGGAACAACAAUUGCAACAAAAAGAACAACAAUUGCAGCAGGUUCAGAAUCAACAGGAAAAUUUUGAUCGUUUAACUAGCACAGAUGAUUAUAAGAAUAUGAAUAGUUAUCAACGUCAAGAUAUAGGAGCUGCUGCCAGUAACAGAUCUAGUUCUUACAGUGAAUAUGUACCAAUGAACGCUGUGAAAAGCACGUCAACUACUUUCCGUAACGCAAGUAUGAGUGCUGCUAUACCAGGCAGUCAUAGUACCAAUAAUAUUCAUUCUAGUUUCAAAAGCAAGAGUUAUGCUGAGAGAUCUCCCUCUAAAAACAGCAUUGUUGCCUCCACUUCUCUACAUAGUUUAGCUAAAAAGAUUUCUUCCUCUGCUUUUAGUUUAGGUCAUUCUCCAUCCCCUUCUUCCACAAGUCUUUCUGGAUAUAAGAACUUGAGAGAUUCUAUUAGCGCCGCUCCUCCCUUGCCUGUUAACGCUGCUGCUGCUGUCGAGUCAAUGAAUAAUUCUGGUAGUACUGAUCGUUUGAAAGAUUUUGCAAAUCAAGAAAUUAUUAUCGAUGAGGGCAAAUCUGUUUCUAACGAUGUUGCUUAUAGUAACAAGAAAAGUGCCAACAGUAUUAGUAGAGUUUCAAGUCGUGUUAUGAACGAGGUCAGUAGGGUUUCAAGUCGUGUUAUGAAUGAGGUUAGUAGGGUUUCAAGUCGUGUUAAUAAUAAUAAUAAUAAUAAUAAUAAUAAUAAUACUAGUGGUAAUAACGGUUCUACCAAUGUUUCUGCUAACAUCGCUGACCUUGAUCCAAAGGCCAAUUUGUCGACCUCCUUUAGAGACGAUAUUAUUUCUCAAAGCAACUCUACUACUGCUGCUACUACUGCUACUACCACCACCACAGAUUUUAACCAAGACAAAAUUUAUCAUGCCAUUAAUGAAGAAGAAAAUUUGGAUGAAGAUGCUGGUGCUACUUUACCCAAUGUUAUCCCAACCUCUGCGAAUUAUGCUGUUAGAAAUGAAAAACAUGAUACACAUAAUGAUGAUUACGAACAAAUGCAGAAUAAUGACGAAGAAAGAAAAAAUGGCAUUUACUCUGAUCAAAAACAAAAACAUCUACAAAAACAACACCACCAUGACUACAAUAAUGACCACCGUGAGAAACAAAAAUCUAUUGCUUCUCAUGAAAUUGGCAACACCCAUUCUUUAAGCCCUGUAACUUUGACUAAAUCACCAUCCAACUUAACAAGUAAUUUUGGUACAGUAAGAAAAAGUCCAAUGAGAUCAACAACUGUUUCUGGAAUGCCAUCCACUGGGUUGAAUAAUUCCACUUCGAUGUCAGAUAUUCCUAGAAAUUAUUCAACUGGUUAUACCAAAUCAAUCAAUCGCUCUGAUAGUAUUCAAAUAAACAAUAAUAUUAAUGGUAGCAGUACCCCUAGUCGUCAUCACUCUUUUGCUAGCAAUUCACUUGCUCCCAAUACAAAUAACCCUGUACCUCCUUUAAAUACCUAUUCGAAUAAUAACAUUACGGGGUUAAAUGGCAACAAUAAUGCUGUUAGUCGCAACCAGUCCUUGAUUAGUACUUCGCCCGCCUUCAACACUAAUAAUGUUAUUCCACCUUUGAACACCUAUUCUAACAAUAAUAUUAAUGGUUUAACUGGCAAUCUCAACAUGGGUAUGAACACUUAUUCUAAUAAUAAUAUUAACGCUUUAGGUGGCAAUGUUAACCACAUGGGCACCAAUACUUAUUCUAAUAACAAUAUUGCUACUUUAAAUGAGUACUCAACCGUCCCAGCCAUAAAUACCAAUGGUUACAGUAACACCAAUUCGUUUGCUUAUUCUGGCAAUGGCAUGAACACCAUGAAUACUGGCUUGGCUAGCCCAGUAAAUAGUUUUAAUACAAAUUUACAAAAUACUGGAAUGCAAGGCAUGAAUAUGAAUACCAAUACGUACAUGCAACCAUUGCAAAAUAUGAAUAAUAAUUUUGCUGUCGAUGACUCCAUUGCUAAUUCACCACAGCAAAACAACAGUUUCUAUAGCAGCCAACACUCAGAUCUUACUGAUUCUCAAACCAGGGGUCCGUCAAUGGUUGAUAAAGUUCUCAGCGGUACUAAAGUUGAGAGCAGAGAUGAAACUAUUGCUAAAUUGAAAGCCAAAGCGGCUAAGAAACAACAAAAGAGGUUAAAAGAACAAGCCAAAAAAUUACAGGAAGCCAAAGCUAAGGAUACUCCAUUGGCUAUUUUUGGUAAGAUGACUAAGGAGGAAAAAGAAUUGUUAAAGAAGGAAAAGGAAAAGGAAAAAGAGUUGAAGAAGAAAGAAAGGGAAAAGGAGAGAAAGGAAAAGAUAUUAAAUAAAGAAAAGGAAAAGAAGCAGAAAAUUCAGGCCAAAAAGCAAAAAAUGUUAGAGAAAAAGAUGCAAAAGGAGAGGAAAAAGUUGGGAUUAACUCCUUUGAAGAAAAAUAAGAAGGAGGAACCAAAGGCCACUAAAGAAGAUGCAAAGGUUGUUGAAGAGGAUAAAAAGGAAGUUACAAACAAAAAAGAUAAAGGUCACAAACAUCAGGAUGAUGUUUCUAACGUUGAAUCUCGUGAUAGCGGCUUUGAUUCUGGUUCUUUUACCAGUGGUUCCUCCUAUUCAUACACCGACGACGAUUCAUAUUCUGAUUAUGAUGAUGACGAACCUCAUCGUCAUGGCAAGAAGGAAAAGAAAAGUUCUGAUAACAAGGAAGAAAACAAGGAAGAAAACAAGGAAAAUGUUGAGGAAAAGGAGGCUAAAAAAGAAGAAAGUAAAGAGGAUAAAGACAAUAAAAAAGGUAAAAAAUCUCGUAUUCCUAGUAUUAGCACCAAGAGUAAAACUGCCGAUGAAACUAAGGCCUUUUUCAGGAGAGUUAAGGAAAAUUUAUAG